AUUUUUUUUUUUAUACCGAAGCACCAAAUCUUUGGAGAACACCAACUGGGAGCAGCAUUACUUUAUUUUCACGGGACCGUGAGCGAUGGCGCUGUCUUUCCGACGCAGGUGUUUGCUGCUGCUGUGUUUGACCGCCGUCCACAGUGAUGCUGCCGUCCAGACGUGCAUGGACAAGCAUCAGGUGGUCGGGGUGCUCCGUCAAAUGGAGAAGUUUCUGAAAGGCCAGGAGUUGCGUUUUACGGAAGGCCUCAGGAUCAUGAAGUCAAAGCUGGCAACGCUCCAAAACUCUGUCUCCAAGUUACCUCAAGCCGACCAGUCAGCUGCUCCCACCACCUGCCCCACGCUGGAAGCCCCCGCCCACGGAACCAAGUUCGGCUCCAAGUAUUUUCUCGGACACGAAGUCCAUUUCACUUGUUUCCCGGGCUACCAUCUCGUCGGCUCCGCCACUCGUGUCUGCCGGGACAACGGCACCUGGACCGGCAUCAGCGCCGUCUGUAACGAUGUGAGUGAGUGUGCAAGUAAUCCCUGCCAAAACGGAGGUACCUGCGUGGAAGGUGUUAACCAGUACAAAUGCACCUGCCCCCAGAACUGGAGUGGCUCCCACUGUCAGCAUCAGACGCAGACAGAUGUAAACGAGUGCGAAGUGUACCGACUGGACAGGGGAGGGAAGCUCUGCGCCCACGAGUGCGUGAACGUCCCGGGCUCGUACCACUGCGCCUGCCCCAGUGGCUACAAGUUGCUCCCAGACGGGCGGAGCUGUGAGGAUGUGGACGAGUGUUUAACCCAGCAGCACAACUGUAGCCGAGGUACAACAUGCAUCAACACGGGGGGGGACUUCCUGUGCGUCAACCCGGAGUGUCCCGCCUCUCAUGGCAACAUCAGCUACGUCAGGACGUCCCCUUUUCAGUGUGAGAGGAACCCCUGCCCCAUGGACAGCAGAUCCUGCCACCUGGCCCCCAAGACCGUGUCCUUCCACUACCUGUCUCUGACCUCCAACCUGAAGACCCCUGCCACGCUUUUCCGCAUGGCGACCGCCGCCGCCCCGGGGCGCACCGGGCCGGACAGCCUGCGCUUCGGCAUCGUGGGCGGGAACACCCGCGGCAUCUUCGUCAUGCAGCGUUCUGACAGGCAGACCGGGGAGCUGAUCCUGGUGCAGCAGCUGCGCGGGCCGCAGGAGAUCAGCGUCGACGUGGACAUGUCCGAGUACAGCGAGCGCACCUUCCAGGCCAAGCACGUGGCCAGGGUCAACGUCCUGGUUUCGCCGUACGGCUUCUGAGGCCGUGACAGACAGACGGAGGAGGAGGAGGAGCGAAAGGAAGAGUUUGUUAUUGGCCACACCAGAAAAAAUUGACACAGUGACAAGCCAAUAUUAAUAGAGCAGUUAUAAUAUGAGCAGCAAUUCACAGGAAAACACAUCAUAGAUCCUUCUUUCAUAGUAUGAGUGUGUUUGAAUGCCCGGCAACCAGCUUAACGUGAGCAGAAACCUGUUGGGAGGGAUGCAGGACUGUUUGAGUCAUCGCCGUUGUCCAUCAUAGAUCAUGUGAUCAGGGUCCGGCCCGUGCACUGCGCUUUGUUGAUGAUAAAUCCCUGUAGGACUUUAGUGCUCUUGAGGCUCUAAUUUAUUGGAAAUAUUAUUGCUGGUUUUUACAUUGUAAACAUACUGUACGCCACAUGUUUCUCUUCCACCAUAUACUGUAUAUUUGUUUUUUUCGUACCAGCUUACUUUGUUUAAGCACCAUCCAUUAUACUAAAGGGGUUGUUGUUCAAACAGUAGAUGCAGUCCUGUACCUGAACAUAUUUCCUUUAAUACUCAUAUUUUGUAUGUUAUCCAGAAAUCGUAUAUUCAGAUAACUGUUGAUUUGGCAAGCUUGCAAGUGCACUACACAAUUUAUCUGGAAUUUUAAUUUUCUCUACAUAACUGAAAUAAAGGAGGUCUAAAUUUCA